AGGCUAUUUAAAAGCUUCCGGUUUGCAAUUGUAACUCAAAAUGGCGGACGUGCUAAGUCUUCUUCGACAAUACAACAUACAGAAAAAGGAGAUCAUUGAAAAGGAUGACCAGAUUAUUUUUGGAGAAUUUGCAUGGCCAAAGAAUGUCAAAACAAAUUAUACAGUUUGGGGUACCGGGAAGGAUGGUAUCACAAAGGAGUAUUACACUCUGGACUCCAUCCUGUUCCUCCUGAAGAAUGUCCACCUGCAGCAUCCCUUGUAUGUCAGAGAAGCUGUGGCUCACAGUGUUCAUGUCGUCCGACGUCCAGACAGGAAGGAUCUCCUGGCAUACCUCAAUGGAGAAACUACGGCAUCAGCUAGUAUUGACAAAAGUGCUCCGUUGGAAAUAUCUCAACGACCGACACAAGUCAAGCGAACAGCAGAUGAUACGAGUGAUGAUCCUGAGAAACGGAAGAAAGCGAGACUGGAGGAAGAACAAGUUCAGCAAGCCAAGAAGAACUGGAUCACAAAGAUUGAUGGGCCGAGAGACACGUCUGUGCUGCCAACUCGACUCGGCACAUCCUCUCUCCACGAGGCCAUGCCCCUGGAGAAGAUUGCUGCCAUCAAAGCCAAACGUUUGGCCAUUAAGAGAACCAAGAUCAAAGGAGAUGACGACAUCCAGGUCGGGGCACUGGAACAGAGGAGUUUCGUGGACGCCGAGGUGGACGUGACGCGGGACAUCGUCAACAGGGAAAGGCUGUGGAGGACCAGAACCACUAUCCUGCAGAGUGCUGGCAAGCAUUUUGCCAAGAACAUCUUCAGCAUUCUCCAAUCUAUCAAGGCUCGGGAAGAAGGGUCACAGAGGCAGCAGAGCAACACAGUCGUACAACACACACCAGCAGUGGAGGCAGCUAAGCCUGUUCCAACAACCGGCUACAGCAGAUACGAUCAGGAGAGAUUCAGACCUAAAGAUGAAACGGAGGGUUUCAAGAUUGACACAAUGAGAACCUUCCAUGGACUGACACUGAAGUCAGUGACAGAGGGGGCAUCUUCAAGGAAAACACACACUCCGCAACCAGCACCACAACCCCAGCCAAUGUCUCGACCCAUCUCACAGGCACGACCACCACCCAAUCAGAAGAAAGGUUCCCGUACACCAAUCAUCAUCAUCCCUGCAGCAGCAACCUCCAUCAUCACAAUGCUUAACGCUAAAGAUGUCUUGCAAGAUCUUCGGUUUAUCAGCACAGAGCAGAAAAAAUCCCAGGGAGCCAAGCGAGACAAUGAAGUGCUCAUCCAGAGACGGAAGGAAGGCGGUCUGACAGUGCCCUACAGGAUCAUUGACAACCCACUCAAACUCUCCCCCGAUGACUGGGAUCGUGUCGUGGCCGUGUUUGUUCAGGGUCCAGCCUGGCAGUUCAAGGGAUGGCCGUGGAACGGAAACCCUGUGGAAAUAUUCUCAAAAAUCAAGGCCUAUCAUCUGAAGUGGUCUGAGCUGCCCCUGGACAACAAUGUGGCAAAGUGGAACGUACAUGUUAUUAGUCUCGACCGAAACAAGCGCCAUCUUGACCGUGCAAACUUACAGCAGUUCUGGGAGCGCCUGGACAAAUACCUGAUCAAGAACAAAGCCCACUUGCGAUUCUAAUCACCAGGAUCUCUAACCUCAUCAUGACCUACUUCAUGUGCCAAUGUUGUCUGUGAAGGAACAGAUUCACCUGCAGUGAAUGCAACAUCACAUGAAUGCAGCAUCAAAUGAACGCAGCAAUACUGCAGCAUGUUGUGACCCUCACAUUUCAACAUGAGGGGAAACAGAAAACUUUCAUCUGCCAUUUGCUAUGCAGAGUGGCCUCCCUUGAUCAUGUCAGAACCUGCUCAUCAUAGUUCCAAAUCCCAUGUCCAUCCCGAUGUUGAUGCUUGCUUUGUCAGCAUCGCGUCGUGCUUGUGGAUUUUACCAUCAUCUAAGACCUGCAUCACUUUGGACUUUGCCCACAAGAAGCUGACACUCUAUGAUGUAACAGAUAUAGUAUUCAGUAGGCUUCGCCCAACAGGACAAAGAACAAACUGUCAGAGAAGAUUCACAGCAGAGGCAUUUAGUUUGAUACCAUCAGUAUUGUCAUCCAUGCCACAGCCAAUAUGUUUCAGGGUUCAGAUUAAGCUUACGUAUCACACAGAUGACUACAGGAAGACGUUUUUUACAGCAUCCUCAAUUAUCCAGUGUGUUACAUCUCCAAUGUAUUACGAUAAAUAUGCUGGACCCAUCAGCUUCCUUAGCUUCAUUUUGACCUGAACGGCACAUGGUUCAUUGGUUGCUAAUGGUGACUUCACAACCAAACAGCUGUAUGUAAUCACAGGUGAUGUAGUGUAUCCUACCCUUUAAGUAUGGAUGAUGGGCGCCAGGGUAUUGAUUGUAAUAGAGUGGCAGUAUAGUACACAAGACAGUCAAGGAUGCCCUUUCAUGUGCACAAGUGUGUUGAGUAUGUUUAUCUUUAUGUAACAUUAGGAAAGUAAAAAAAAUUAAAUCCUUGGAUUUCAUGAGAACUUGUGAAUUUUUCUUCACCAAACUAAUCUUCAGGAGAGAUUCAAUCACUUUUGCUAUUUUUCAAAACAAAACAAGAAAGAUAUUUUUUAUUAGUGUCUUUUUUAGUCAUGUUUAUGUUAGAUGCCAUGAUAAAGCUACAUUGGCGAUUGUGUUCUUUUAUCAAUGCUUACUUUGUAUUAGCCAUAAUGCUAUGGAGAGUACUUAUCUGGAUGAUCUCCUGGAACCUGGACUGGUAUGUGUGUUGUUACCAUGGAGAUGAUCAAUUCUGACUGUGGAAUGGUUGGGCCAUACUGGUAAUUGUGUUGUCACCAUGGAGAUGAACAUUGAUCCCUAUAGUGAUUGUGUUCUCCCCAUGGAGAUGAACGUGUAUCACUAUGGUGAUUGUGUUGUCACCAUGGAGAUGAACAUUUCUUACUAUGGUGAUUGUGUUGUCACCAUGGAGAUGAACAUUUCUUACUAUGGUGAUUGUGUUGUCAACAUGGAGAUGAACAUUUAUCACUAUGGUAAUUGUGUUGUCACCAUGGAGAUUAACAUUUAUCACUCUGAUGAUUGUGUCGUCACCAUGGAGAUUAUCACUGUGGAUUGGUUGGCCAUGAUGCUUACUAUUAUGUAAAGUACCUGGUAUCAUUCAUAUCCCUUUUUUUUGAUUGCCCAAGUCAAUGCUUGUGUUCAGUGUUUGUCAUUGUUUAUAAUGUAAAUAGUACAUUUAUGUAAAGAUUUGGAAGAGAGUAGUAGAAUUUAUUCUGUGUACAAAGUGUCUUGUUCAUAAUUCCUCAUCACAAUCAUCUGUAGACUUAAUGGUAUUGGCUUCCUCCAUGUUAUCCCAUCCAACGCACAGUCCUACUGACUAGCAUGAUGACAAGCAUGAUGACAAGCAACCAUGUCACCACGUCACCACGUCACCACACCAAGGCAUCAGGUCAGUCAGUAUCAGGUGAUCAUCCUCAGCAUCAUUUCAUCAAGUUCAGGGGCAGUCGGGUAGCCCAGUGGUUAAAGCGUUCGCUCGUCACGCUGAAGACCCGGGUUUGAUUCCCCACAUGGGUACAAUGUGUGAAGCCCAUUUCUGGUGUCCCCCCCCCGCCGUGAUAUUGUUGGAAUAUUGCUAAAAGCGGCAUAAAACUAUACUCACUCACUCAUCAAGUUCAUCUUUGUUUUUUCAACGCCUAUGCAUCGUUUUGAUAAUUGCAUGGUCAUCAUUUGAAUCCAGUCUUGGUAAUAUACUGUUCAGUCCCUUCCAACAGGUUCAGAAUUAAGACUGUUGUGUGAUUAUUUUUAUUCUCACAGUCAAAAUUUCAUUGAUUUCAGACAAAUAUUCAGCAAUUGGAGAUUGAGUUAUUAUUAUUUUUUGUGAUGAACACACCAAAGUCAUUCUGCUUAUUUCUCCUGGGGCAAGACAGGUGCUGCUAUUCUCUGUCCAGGUUUGUGUCUGAUGUGAAACCCAAAUUCACCCUUAUUAUGUAUCUGGGUUUGUGAGCUUCGUACCCAUGGGUUUUGCCAAAGUGGUAAACGUCUUAAGACCUGCAUCACUUUGCACCUUCCAAUGUCAAGAGGGGCGGUCAGGUAGCCCAGUGGUUUAAGCGUUCGCUCGUCACGCCGAAGACCCAGGUUCGAUUCCCGACAUGGGUACAAUGUGUGAAGCCCAUUUCUGGUGUCCCCCGCCGUGAUAUUGCUGGAAUAUUGCUAAAAGCGGCGUAAAACCAUACUCACUCACUCACUCACUCCAAUGUCAAGACGGCACACCUUGAUAUGACUGAAAUACUGUUCACAGUCUCCUGGUUGACAGUCAUGGACAUGGCUAGAGAGAUUUCUGCUGGUCCACUGGAGAACCAUUUUCCUCUUAAUUCAGAUGCAUUGGCACUCACCAUAUUGUUACAUAAUACUUGUGUAUAUAGAUAUGUACAUAGUGUGUAUUUCACCUCAAUCAUGUGAAAGAUGUUUUUGUAAUACCAUAGGAAAAGAUCCUAUGACCUCAAUACCAGUGCUCUGUUUGCUGUUCCAUAUUUGAUAGAACAGUUGGCCCUUUUACAAUGAUACGUUGAUAUCAAACCCUGUACAGAACAAAAAACAUGCAAUAAAUAUGCAUUUCAAACUG